AUGCAAGACAACUCAAGUCAUUCCAGAGAGUCAGUUUCAACUCGUGAUGAUCCUCUUGGAAUUGACAAGUUGACAAUCGAUUACGAUUACCUACUUUAUAAAAUAAAAGACUAUGUACAAAGUAUACAGUUGGAUACCACAGAGCUAUGUAAAAAGCAAAAUGAAGUGAUGGUGAAUGGCAUUAUCGAAAAUACUAUAGAUAAGAAUAUUUCGAAGUUCAAGCAACUUCUUGAAAAAUGCGAUGCUUUAGAAAAUCAUUAUGAGAUGUUAAAUCAAUUGGCAAUGAUAACGGAUACUUUCAAGGAGAGGAUUGCAGAGGCCGUGAAUGAUUAUAAUGAAUUGAAAAAGGACGCUAAUAAACCUGAAUAG